AUGGUUCGCCCCCACAUCCGCGACCUCGGAUACGGACCGGGCUACUACACGCCAGGAGCAAAGAACUCAAUCCUUGAUGUACCGGGAGUCCAAGUCGGCCAGAAAACAAUCCACGAUGAUGACAAUGGCGUACAUGUCGGGGUCACGCUCAUCUACCCUCGUGGCACCAAGAGCACGCGCCUGCAGCCGUCAUACGCCGCCAUACAUACCUUGAAUGGCGGUGGUGAGAUGACGGGGACCCAUUUCAUCCAGGACUGGGGCUUCACAAGCUCACCCAUCGCCUUUACAGACUCCAUGUCCUGCGGAGCCGUGUACCAGGCUCUGACCAACUACAGCUUCGAGCUCUCGCGGCGUCUCAAGGAGUCCGCGGAGGCAAUGUACUCCCACCAUGGCUGGCCCGUCGUGGCCGAGACGUGGGGCGGCGGCAACACCGACAUCCACGACUUCAAGUCGACGCUGAAGUACGAGCAGGUUGUCGAGGCCAUUGAGGACGCGGCCACGCGCGAGCGGGUCCUCGAAGGCGGCUAUGGUGGUGGUACCGGGAUGCUGUGCCUGGGCCACAAGGGCGGCACUGGCACCAGUAGCCGCCUCGUCCCCCGGGCAGGAGACGGCGAGGAGGACUUCGUCGUUGGCGUGUUGGUGCAGACGAACUUUGGCGAGAAGUCAAUGUUCAAUAUUGGCGGAGUGCCGAUUGGGAAGCUGCUAUUCCGCGAUGAAGUGCAAAAGGGAAACGCUGGGAGCGAUCCAGACCGGGAGGAGAGAACGGGAUCGGAGGGCAGCAUCGUUGUCUGCGUCGUGACCAACGCGCCUCUACUCCCGCACCAGCUGAAGCGGGUUGCCGCUCGCGCCUCUUUCGGCAUUUCGGCCGUCGGCGGGUUGGGCACGGGCUACAACACGUCCGGCGACAUCAUCAUCGCCCUGUCGACCUCGAAAGACUGCGAGCCGCAGGUGCUGAUGAAGCAGCCGUGGCAGCGACCAAGCCCCGAAACCAAGAGCACAGCGGGUGGCCGGCCUUCGGCCCCCGACGGGCAAGUCAGCGGUGGUGGGUUCCGGCGGGAUGUAGAAACACAGACCGUGCAGACAGUCGUGCACAGCUCCAUCGAUGCCCUGUUCGUUGCGACGGCUGAGGCGACGGAGGAGGCGAUCCUGAACUCCUUGUGCCAGGCUGAGGAUCUCAAGGCGUGUGAUGGCACCGUUCACAGGGGCUUGAAUGUCGAGAGAGCCCGUGAGUUGCUGGAGCAGUACAGGGUGAAAUAG